CUCGGCCUUGUGCCGCGUCCCCUAGAGUAUCGCUAGUCUCGCUGUCAUAUCCACUCCACACUCCACUCGCCCCGCGGCUCGCAGUCAUGUGUGUGUCUGUGAGACAGCUGUUACUCGCACUGCUACUGCUGCUGCUUCUGUCACUGGCCACCACACUAUCUACAGACACGGAGAAAAUGGAUACCAUGGAGCUGAUCGAGACCCACGGGUUUGUAUCCCAACAACAUCAGGUGAUAACAGAGGAUGGCUAUGUGCUUACACUGCACAGGAUCAUGAGGCAGUCGGGACCAAGGAGACCCCCGGUGCUUCUGCAACACGGCAUCCUCUGUUCCUCAGCCUGCUGGGUACUGCGAGGCACUCAAAAGGAACUGGCUAUCAUGCUGGUUGAGGCUGGCUAUGACGUGUGGCUUGGUAAUGUGAGAGGAAAUACAUACUGCAAGUCUCACCUUAGAUUGGAUAACACGAUGGAAAAAUUUUGGAACUACAGUUUCCAUGAGAUGGGAAACUAUGAUGUACCGGCCAUGAUAGACUAUAUCCUGGCAGAGAGUGGUCAAGAUCAGCUGUUCUACGUGGGCCAUUCCAUGGGCACCACGAUGUUCUACGUCAUGUGUGCCUGUCGUCCCCAGUACAACGCCAAGGUGCGAGCCAUGUUCAGUUUGGCUCCGGUGGCAUUUAUGUCACAACUCCCUCCACUAUUCAAACUAUUAGCCCGUUAUUACGAGCAAAUCUUGAACCUACUCACCCAGCACCGUAUAUAUGAAGUGGUGCCAACAGAACCGUGGCUCUCAUCCAUAGAGGCUAACCUUUGUCGAGAUGGAUCGCCCUUCCAAACCUUCUGUGUUGAGAUUGCUUUUGCUAUUAUUGGACGUGACUAUACUCAGUUCAAUAAGAGCAUGCUGCCAAUGAUAGUAGAACAUAUGUCAAGUACCAACCCCCGCACUCUCGCACAUUACGGGCAGUUGAUAAACUCAGGCCGGUUUCAAUGGUACAACUGGGGACCUGAAGAAAAUUUAGCAGUUUAUGGCUCCAGAGAGCCUCCAGACUAUGAUCUAUCCCUCAUCACAGCCCCUGUCUCUCUACACUACAGCACCAAUGACCCUCUCUCCUUUGAAAAGGAUGUCAAGAAUCUUGCUGCCAGACUACCCAAUGUUAUUGGUGUAUUUAAAGUGCCUAAUGAGCAUUUCAACCACAUUGACUUUCUGUUGGGUACUGAUGCAGACAGUCUUUUAUACAAGGAUAUCGUACAUCUCAUGAAGAAGUUGUAGAAUUAAUUUGCAAUAAUAUUAAAAACCCAUGAAAACGCUCAUAACGUCUAAGAAUGGACAGACUUCAAAAAUUAGCAAUCAUAGUUUCAGUUAUGAUUCCAACCCUAAUUAUUCUUCCAUUGUAAGAAAUGGCAUAUUAGGAUAUCUGCCAAUCUUAAAUUUAUCCAUGUUUGGAAGUUUAAGACCAGGGUAUUAAGAUCCACCAUUUUAU